GCGGCGGGCGGGCGGGGCGCGGGGGGCGCAGCCAGAGGGCCGGGAGCCGCGGCGGAGAGGAGCGCGCGACCUCGAGGAGCUCAGGCCCUGCAGCCAUGGCGGUGGAAGGAGGCAUGCGAUGUGUCAAGUUCUUGCUCUACGUCUUCCUGUUGGCCUUUUGCGCCUGUGCCAUAGGAUUGAUCGCAGUGGGGGUAGCUGUUCAGCUUGUCCUGAACCAGACCAUCAUGCAGGAGACUACCCCGGUCACCCUGCUGCCUGUGGUCAUCAUUGCCGUGGGUGUCUUCCUCUUCCUGGUGGCCUUUGUGGGCUGCUGCGGGGCCUGCAAAGAGAACUAUUGUCUCAUGGUCACUUUUGCCAUUUUCCUGUCUCUUAUAGUGCUUGUGGAGGUGGCUGUGGCCAUUGCAGGCUAUGUGUUUAAAGACAAGGUGGUAACCGAAUUUGAGAAGGACUUCCGGCAAGAAAUGAAGAAUUACACUAAAAACAACAACACUGCUGUGGUACUGGAUGAGUUGCAGAAAAGAUUUAGCUGCUGUGGAGCUAGUAACUACACAGACUGGGAGAAUGUUCCUGGCAUGGCCAAGGACCGCGUCCCCGACUCCUGUUGUGUUAAUGUCACUGUGGGCUGUGGAAAUGAUUUCAAGGUGGAUGAGAUCAAUUCCAAGGGCUGUGUGGAGAGUAUCGGGGUCUUCCUGAGGAAGAAAGUGCUGCUGGCAGCUGCAGCAGCUCUGGGCAUUGCUUUUGUAGAGGUCCUGGGAAUUGUCUUUGCCUGCUGCCUGGUGAAGAGUAUCCGAAGUGGCUACGAAGUGAUGUAGGGAGCUAGUCUGUUCAGUUUCUUCAUUGGUGGGGAUCAUUGUGGGGAGUGGAAUAAUGUCCUCCAGGUUUUUCAAUUAAACGGAUUAUUUUUUCAGACCAAAA